AGUUAACCGGAAUGAUUGAAAUGUGAAAAAUGUAAAGCGACACACACAAACUCUUAUUCCUGUCAUAACGAUAUCAACAUGACACUUCUACACUGAAAGGGCUUUUAACAAAGUUGAAUUUCCAAUAUGGUAGGAGAGGUUGUUGUUGUUGAAUGGAUUGUUGUCAUGUCCUCGCAGUGCCUGUAGUGGUGCUGUGUGGAGUCCGCUGUGGAUCCAACAAAAAUCCUCAGCAGCCUGCCUACUGCUUGUUAUUUGCUCUGGAUAGCCUAUAUUUAAAUGCAUCCUUAUUUCAAGAUAUACCGAGCUCGAUGAAGAUCAGUGUUAUUAUCCUGUCGUCGAUAUCGAUGGCCAAAUAGCCUAGCAGAUUGUAAUAGAAAUUUCGGCCGUCUAUCUGGAGUGAAUACCUUACACAGCUCAUACCAAUUCAAGCUGAUGUUGUCAAGAACAAGAGUCACGUGAUGUAUGAAGGCAAACACAUACACUUCUCAGAGGUGGACAAUAAGCCGUUGUGCUCGUACAGCCCAAAGCUCUGCAAGCAGCGCAGACUCAAUGGCUAUGCUUUCUGUAUACGGCAUGUUCUGGAGGAUAAGACAGCCCCGUUCAAGCAAUGUGAAUAUGUGGCCAAGUACAACAGCCAGCGGUGUACCAACCCCAUCCCCAAGUCAGAGGACCGCAGAUACUGUAACAGUCACCUCCAGGUUCUGGGCUUUAUCCCCAAGAAGGAACGGAAAAAGAAACAUGAUGCUUUUGAGGAAAUGCGCUCACGGGCUCACCUGGAGUCAGUGGCUCUCAACAUAACUGUGCCCUCUCUAGCUCUGAAAGCUCCGAAUGGUCUAGAUGAUCUACCGCCAUCUCCUCCCUGUUCACGCCUGUUACCCCUCCCUGACGGGGAACUCCUGGACCCUUUUGCCUUUUAUGAGGAUGACACUGAUGGUGAGGAGGUGGGUUCACCUCGGAAGGGCAACGCCAUCAAGAAGAAAUUACAGAGUCGGCUGGUGCUUAACCAGAAGCUCUACCAUGACACGGACCUCUUCCAGCCACCUCCUGAGCACUUUAGUCCCUCCCCAGCCCCCCGUGUCCAUCCCUCCUCGCCACUCAACUCUCAUCUCCCACGGCAGCAGUCAGGUCUCCUCCAGCCGCCCCAGCACUCCAGCGUGACUUCCUUCAUCUUCCCAGGACAGCAGCAGGGUUUAUUAUGCAAUCCACCACCACCUCAGACAGUCAACUUUCUGCCUCCAGGGAUGCCCGCUAAUGCAGCACCCAGUCCAGUGCAACCUACUGGGCUGUCACUCAGCAGGAAAAUGCCUUUCAAUGCUACUCACUUGCCUGUCAGUUGCAAGGACAGUGGUAUUAACAAUCAGCGGCACAUGGUUGUCAUGCGUCCCGCUGCCUUCUCACCUUCUGCCAGCUGCCUGGCCAGGUUGCAACAUCUGGUGCAGCUCUGUGCCAAGACACACCAGGAGCACGGAGACCUGUUCCCUCAUCUAGGACUGGACUGGUCAGAAGACAGUGCUGAUGAUGAUGAUGAAGAGGAGACCGAGACAUUAUUUCCUUUUCAGAGCUCUUGGAGACCACAGAAUGGGUUGGAACAAGAUAGCGGCUCCUCACGGCGAACAAGGUUACUUAGGCUUUGCUCGUACCUCCAGGAGAAAUACAAGCACAUGUGCAGGCAGGAGAGAGCGAGCAUCCGCCAAAAGAGAUACCGCUAUGUCUUCCGCAAAGCCUUGCUGCAUGCUGCCAGUAACAACCCCAACUGUGCUGGGCAGCUCAUCCAGGAGUUACGUGGUGCCUCUCGAAGCUCCUCAAGUGUGGCACCAGGAAGGCAGCAGAAAACAGACACAGGGACCUGCACUGGCAGCACAAAGGGCCAGGCCUGCAACAACAGGGCUCUGCCCUUCACACGACACUGCUUUCAGCACAUCCUGUUGAAUCGUUCCCAGCAGCUCUUUGCUAGUUGCACAGCCAAAUUUGCAGAUGGUCAGCAGUGCUCCAUCCCUGUGUUUGAUAUUACGCACCAGACACCACUCUGUGAAGAGCAUGCCAAAAAAAUGGAUAACUUCCUGCGAGGGGAUGGGAACCGACGAGUGCAGCACCAGCAGCAGCAGCAGCAGCGAAAGCCACGUAAAAAGACCAAACCACCGGCACUCACCAAAAAACACAAGAAGAAGAGGAGGAGAGGGCCGCGGAGGCCUCAGAAACCCAUCCCUCCAGCGCUACCGCAGGGGAACCUGGGAAUGCCUUCUAUAAGCCUCGCAAUGCCCUCGCAGGCCAGCAUCAGAAGCCCCUCAACUCCAGACCUGAGUGCAGAGGAGCUCCCUGACGAUAUCACCAAUGAAAUGGCAGACAUUCCAAAUGACCUCGAGCUGAACCAGGAGGAUUUCUCCGAUGUGUUACCCAGACUACCCGAUGACCUGCAGGACUUCGACUUGUUUGAAGGGAAGAAUGGGGAUUUGUUGCCCACCACGGAGGAGGCUGAGGAGCUGGUGCGAGCACUGCAGGCUAUGGGCUCCUACCCAGACUCUUUGGUGUGCCUGACCUCCAUGGGAGACCUGGCCCCCUCUGAAGGAGUGGACCACCGAGCCAUGGCGGUGUUCCCCGGUCCGGUGCAGCCGGGGGGCAUGGGCGACCUGCUCAACAGCCGAAUCCAGACAGAGAAUUUCAGCAGCCUCGAGCUGGCGGACAAUCUCCUGCAGUCAACCGGGGGUCACUUUCCCCCCUCGCCUCCAUCUCAGCCCGUUAACCAGCCCCAGACGUCGUGCUCCAACCUGACCUCAUCUUCCUCUACGGUAGCCCCCUCCACCACCUCCCUGCUCACUCAGACCCCCAUAACGGAGCGAACUUUUCCACGCACACACACAUCCCACGUCCUGGCCAAGUCUGAUGCACCAACAUCAUCUCCCCAAGGCAGCCACUACAGCAGCGAGCACGUGCCAUCCCCGUACAGCGACCACAUAUCUUCUCCCCACGCCAGCUCCUUCCAGUCAGAUACCCCCCUGCUGCUGGAAGUCCCUCUCAGCGGGUUGCCAGGACCCCCGCGCUCUUCAUGGAACAAUCUCCCUCUCCCCCUGACAGACCCAACGCAAUUUGGCAAUCUCAUAGGCUCAGAAAGUCAUCUCAUAUCCACCUCUCUGUCCACGCCCCCGGCCACCACCCACUCUGUGACACUGCAGCCCAUGGCGGCGCUCUCAGCGAUGCCUCAGAGCGGCCUGACUGGUUUAACGACGUCCCCCGCCCCCUCGUCGUCCCUCCCAUCGGCCUCACGCGAUCUUCUGACCUCCACAAAGCCCAAGCAGCAGCUCCCACAGUUCAGCGCGGCCUUCGGUCAUCAAUUGGCCUCCCACAGUGGCAUCCCGAAAGACGUGCAGCCCAGCCACAGCUCCACAGCGCCCCCCGCUGGCUAUUCCAUAGUUAGUGCCACCGCUGCAAGUGCCAACAGCGCCACGCCACCCUUCACGCAAAGUAAAUGAGAGCAGUCGGCCUGCAGCGGCUGCAUGGCGGUCUGUUGACUCACAGUCACUUACAAUCCAGUCGACUGGCUCCGGCUUAACCACCUUUUCAUCUGCUACAUAUGUGCAAUGUGGUAAUAGUGCACUAUUUGAUAAUGAAUUUGCACAACCUCAGAUUUUCCACAAUAUUUUCUAUUUCUGUUUUUUUUACCCUGUAGCCAGGCGGUCUCUCGGAUUUUAAGUCAGUGUGAGUCCACUCGUUUAAUGCCUUGUGGUUUCGUCAUUAAGGGGGUAACAAUCCAUUUUGGCGAUGAAAUAAAUGGUGAAAAUUGGUGGAAGGACCUUUAGCCGAGAUUAUCUGUCACAGUGCUCAGAAUUAAUUGACGUAGAAGCCUCAAUCAGCGGUCGGUUUGUUUGCUUUGCCAGUUCAAGUCGUGUCUUUAAAUGAUCAACUGUACGCUGCCUUGCUCAGAUAGCCAUUGCAUUUUUUAUUUUACAACCCGCUACACACACUGCUUCUGUCGCCCUUGGACAAACUAAGAGUACAGGUUGUGAUAUUUGUGACUCAUUAUGUUUCAAAUUAUUUCUGUCAUCAUGAUUAUAGAAUCUUACUGAGUCUGAUUUGUCUCAUGAAUUUACCAAAAUACUUUUAAACAGCUGUUUUUUUAAAAACUGUGUAUACUGUUUAUGUGCUCAUUUAUUGGUUAGCUUGGACGCCCAAAUGUCUGACCUCACCAUUGGUUGUGGCACUCCGAGUGGCCUAGUUAGACACUUGAAGGUAAAAAUAGUUUCUUAAAGCAAUAAACACAUUAACAUAACUCUAGUAUUGUAAGGUAUUUUAUUGGUCUCAUCACAUGUAGCUUCACUUGCUGAAUCCAGACUGGAUCAGGAACAUAGUUUGGCCUCUUUAACUGUUGUAUUUUUUACUUUACUCAGAAAUAGGGCCCACAAAGAUCAGUGAUCAGGUCAACCCAACUUCAUCUUUCUCUCAGGUCAUACUGAGGGGAUUUCUAAAGCUAAUACAUGAGUUUUAGGGUUAAUGACAGUGUAAUCCAGGGACUUUAAGUGUCUACUCUGAAAGGUGCUCUGUGGUCCACAUAUACAAUGGAUAUUAGUGACUUACAUUUCAGGCAGAUGUAGUGUCAAGACUACAAGGAAACUCAAUUUAACACAUCUGAAUACCCUGACAGGGCUAUGGUAGGUGAUUUAAAUGGUGUUGAGGUGUGUCUGUUUCAAUAAAACUCACAAUUUUAUGCUAAAUGAUGCAAUCCUGGAGUCUGGAUUUAAUUUUAGAAAAAUGAAAACCACCCAGAAGCUCCUCCCGUUUGUUACCGGCUCAUACAGCAGUACAACCAUGGCUUUUGAUAGAUAUUAUAUUAGACAGAUUGUCAGACAUUGUUGAGUAUUGGGUAUAUAGAGUAGCAAGUCUCGAUCUUGGGGUUUGUUGGUGAAAUAUUGAGUAGCAAUGAAUUGAAAUUGUUCUUUGCAAUGUAUUCAGUGGAACAUGUGUCUUGUAGAAUGAGUCUCUUGUUUUUUACUGGCUAUCAAAGUGGUUGAAUUUGGAGGGAUCAAUGUUUAUAUGCUGUCACUUGGUUUUUUCAGUAAUAUAUCCUGAUUGAGAGUAUUUUUGAUGGCUAUUAAACUCCAGGGAGAAGUCUUGAGAUUUGCAUGGUGCAGCAACCUUUGGUGUUAGAGCAUUAUAAUAUUAUUAGAUUAUGAUCACUGGUUUGAUUCUUGGUGGUAUGAAAUUAAGGAAUAUAUGCAUCGCCAUUUCAUUUUGUGGAGAAAAACUAAUCAACAUUACAGUUGUUCUUUUUUCAACAUAGAUUUGCACAGGAGUGGUUGAGGCCGCUGGUGUUUCACAUGUCCCGUGUCUGUCUUGCCUUUUUCUUUUUCUUUUAUAUAUAUAUAUAUUUUCUUUUUGCUUGGACGCCCAUUGAACAGCUGCCAUCAUUACCAGCUCUGAGUCUGCACCAGACCCCCCCCCAUUUCCAGCUGUGAGAAGGCCCAGUUCUGUCUCUCCCUUCCAAAGAGAAAACACACAAUGAAGUGUAAACCCGUAGCUCCGCCAGAGACAGCUGGGCCUCUCCGUCACUGCAGUGUCGUAACUAAUAGUCAUAAACACAGUGCCCCAAAAGUUAAAAAAAAUAUUCUAGUUGGAUGGAAAUGUUUGCAAGGCAUUACUGUUGUAUCCACAUAGCAUGAGAUUAGUCACUGCACCAGUUUACCCCAGAAACCACGUAGAACAAAUUAACAGGGCUUGACUGUAGGCACAUUUAACUGCUUGAAUUCAGAGAUGGCUGACAAAUUCCUAUACUCAUUGAAUGUACUGUAUUACUGUUUUUAAAGAUAGGAUGAGCUAAUCUAGUCACCUUUUGUUAUUGGUCCUUGUUUAAUUUGUCUAAGGUAUUUUUUGUAUACAAAGGUUUACAUUUUUAUGUAUAUUUUUCUUGUGUACAAAUGAUGUAAGAUGUGUACAAACACUGUAUGUAAUAUCUGUAUAUAGUGUGAGAAAUUUGAUCUUUUGUUUUUGGAUGUAUAAAUAAAACUUGCUGUGAGGUAUUUGCUGA